AUGGGUAAUACAAAUACGUUCAAGGACAUAAAGGAUUACACAAUGAAAAUCAUUAUAAUUACAGAACGGAAUCAUGAAUCUCAAAAUAAGAAGCUAUCAACAAGAAAUGAUAAAUAUUUGGACUUAAAGCAUGAAAUAAUGGAAGUUAAAGUUGAGAAUCUGGCAAACAACCGCAUUUUAAAAGCAGAAAAGGAUGCAAAGACUGCAGAUAAACUCGACAAUUCAGAAUAUUUAAAGAUUAAUCAGAAAAUGCUUCUAAAUGAGAACCAAGAUAUUGAGAUGGAAAAUCAGGUACCAAAGGAUCUGGAAAAGCAAACUGAUGAGUAUCCCAAUGAAGAGCAGUACGUCGGGAAUCAGUUGCCACUUAGAAAUCCCGCUCAAUCGACUCCAACUCGUCCAAGUCGCGUGAUUCCACCAAUGCCAUCGGAGGAAACGAUGCGCCACUCCAUAGCCGACAACCUGAUGGAGAUCCUGGUGAAUAUGACUAAUCCGCAGCAUCGACAACAGUGCUUUUCCCUCUUGCAGGUGGACGAUGCUCUGCAGGCACGCAGUCGAAUCCUAUGCCUCCUGCAGCAAAUCGACGAGAGGCGCAGGACGCGCAACUGA